AGUCAGAUUCAAUACAGCAAACUAGUGCAAAACUGAACAAUGUCUCAAGCUGAAAUAAACUUCUAUUUGGCCAAAAUUUCUGCGGAUCUCGAUCGAACCGUGGAUUUCUGGCUGAAGCAUUCCCAUGAUACGGAACUCGGCGGGUUCUUCAACUGCCUCACUCGCACCGGCGACGUGUUCGACACCACCAAAUUCGUGUGGCUGCAGGGCCGGCAAGUGUGGACCUACUGCCAGCUGGCCAGGGCCACGGAUGACGUCAGCAAGAAGGAAGCGCUUUUGGCGGCCGCCAUUGUGGCCGGCGAUUUCCUGCUGGCCCACGCGAAGCAGCCCGACACUGACAAGUGCCAUUUCUCGCUCACCAGAGACGGACUCGCUGUCAAGACGCAGAGGACCGUUUUCUCCGAGACCUUUUUCGCACUGGCCAUGAUCGGUUUGGCCCAGACGACGGGCCAGGAAAAAUACAAGGACGAAGCUAAGAGGAUGUUAGAUACCAUCAUCCACUGGGUAAUGGAGGACGGAACCGGAACAGGAGCAGUUUCCCUUCCGGGAACUCCGAAACUCGCUUCCCUGGCUCAUCCCAUGAUUUUGCUCAAUCUCACCACCGAAGCGGAAAAAGUUUUCGGACUGAACUCGUAUGAAACUCAGGCUAAAUGGGCAAUAAAUCAACUCUUCAAGCACGUGCAGAGAGACGGAACCUGCGUUCUUGAAAAUAUUACACUGGAUGGAAAGGAAUUUUCUGGAUCUGCAAUCGGUCGUCAUCAAAACCCUGGACACGCAAUUGAGGGGGCCUGGUUCAUCAUGGACUGGGCUAAUGGACGCACAGCUGACAAAGACCUCAUCCGGAGAGCAAUUGACUCUUUUUUAUUGAUUCCGUUUGAGGUCGGGUGGGACAAAGAAUUCGGAGGGAUUUUCUCUUUCCUCGACGCAGAUGGUCUCGAGCCACUUCCACUCGAGUGGAGCAUGAAAUUAUGGUGGGCUCAUGCUGAGGCUAUGAUUGCAUUUCUGAUGGCAUUUGUUGAAACCGGAAACGAAAUUCAUUGGCAGAAGUUCAAGCUCGUGGCCGACUACGUUUAUGACCACACGAAGUUCACGGAGAAUGGUUCGGGUACCUCGACAGGCAAGGAAAACGAACCCAUUCCCACAAAGGGAUGCCCUUCAAGGGUUGUUUCCAUGUCCCACGAUGUUUACUGAUGUGCAAAAAGUUGCUGGAGAGGCUGCUGGAGAACAACUGAUGGCCGGUAUAUACUUGGAAAAGAAGCUGUGCAAUUCUAAAUUAUUGUUGACUGUCGAAUACGACGCUUUUUGUUUGUCGAAUACUGUUAGGUGAACAAAAGAAUGGUGUUUUUUCGAUUAUGGCCUUGCACAUGAGACGUGAGUUUUAGUUUGCAGCUGCAGCAUGUGCGAGAAUGACAUGAUUCAUCGUUUCUGGUAUUAAGAUAAAAUGCAGGAAAUGUGGGUCAAUCUGAUUUAUUUUCAAGUUUUCUAAUAACAUAUGCACAGUACAGGUGGUACCUUUCAAUUUGACCUCUCGCCAUGUGAUGGUUGAAUUUGCGGGAAUGUUGACUUGCAAUUCAACCCUUGUCCCCGCAAUUUGACCUGAUUUGGCCACUUUUUUUUGGCAUUUUUAAAGUUAUAUUUUUGAAUUUCACCGAGGGCCUCGCAAUUCAACAAAUUUUCAAUUUUAACCUAUUCUGGCAAGAGAUUAGGGUCGAUUGGCGAGGUAAUCCCUGUACUGCACUUCCCAUUUGAAUACAUUUUCAUUAGAAAAAAAAAUUAUAAAGGCGCAUAUUUGUCAUAUUUCUGAUGGAUUGCUUGGAAGUCUUAUGGGGCUGAUUUUGAAAAUUUCAUUGCGGGAAUUCUAUUUGCUUGGUAAAUUGUGGAAUAUCUGAUGUUGUAUUUGUGAUGAAAAUUUCAAUAAAUUACGCGUGCC